CGCUUGUCCACUAGCCUCCGAGUCUGCAAAAACCGCUCGGUAGCCGCCCCGAAGAGUACGGAGCACCGAUUCCAACAUUCCAUGAUCGACGGCACGGGAGCUCGGGUUGUGACAAAACGCAUACAAUUGAACCCUUUGAAAAAAUUUCCAAUGUCGCGAAUACGAUGCGCGAACGCGCCUGCCACCGCUAGCCUCUUCGUCCAGCUCAGCCUGCGCCGACAGAGCGGCUGGGGCGGGCUUCCCAUCCUGGACCUCCUCCUGCCUGUGUCUUCUCACGCUACCCGGGCACUUUCUGUUCGCCCCUAUCACCUCGUGUCAACAAAGAGUGCGGCAGACCCGCCUCGCCAACUACUCACCCUUGCCCCCCCAAGCGGCAGACCAUCAUGGAGAAGUUCAACGUCACGCUGCACGAUGACUCAGCUGCGGACAAGGUCACCAGACUCUUCCUCUCGGACCUUUAGCACUUCCGCUGCAUGUCGCGCGACGCACGCCAUAUUCAACCCGCAAGUUGACGACGAUGGCGACGAGAUGAUGCUGGAGAUUACGCCGCGCGCAGCGAAGCGCCUCUCCGAAAUAAUGACCAAAGAUUCGAACCCGAACCUCGCCCUCCGAAUCCAGGUUGAGAGUGGCGGCUGCCACGGUUUUCAAUACCUAAUGAAACUUGUGACACUGCCCCCAUCACUCCCCUCCAAGGAGUCGCUUCCCCCCGCAGCGGAGGCAGAUGACUUGACCACCGUUCACGAGGACGACACGAUUUUCACCUAUUCACCCGACGGUAGCUCCUCACCCGGGGACCUGACGGCUCCAAAAAUCAUACUCGACCUUCCCUCGCUGCAGCUCCUGAAGGGCAGCAAGGUCGAUUUUACGAUGGAGCUCAUUGGAUCGCAGUUCAAGAUUGUGGACAAUCCCUUGGCGACGAGCAGCUGUGGGUGCGGUACAAGCUUUGAUAUCAAAAUAUGACACCAGCGACAUCUUUUAUAGACGCAUGGAGCCAACUGAGAACGGCCAUAGAUGCGACAAACAUAGGGCGUUGUACAAUAUGCAGAUAUCAGAUACGGAGGUAUGUAGGGCAUUCACAGGUUAUGAAUUAAACCGCGCCGGCGACUUUGUAGUAUUCGGCCGUCCCAUGGCCA